AACGUAUUCACCCAAGUGUGGACUUGAAAAAACAGGGGAAUCAAAUCACCAAACGCCAUUCGAACCCAAGCUCUCUCUUCCAAUGGAUUCCUCUGUGUUGCAGUCCCUCAACUUCUUCAACACGCUCCCCUUCAACGAGAACGACUCGGAGGAGAUGCUGCUCCUCGGCGUCCUGGCCGAGGCGGCGCAUGAGACGUCGGAAACCGUUUCCUCGGAUCAAAUCAAGGAAGAAGAGGUGAGUUCCAACGCCGACGAGGCCGCCGCCGCCGCCAAGAAGGAGAAGCCGUCCUACCGAGGCGUCCGGAGGCGGCCGUGGGGGAAAUUCGCUGCGGAGAUACGGGACUCGACCAGGAACGGUAUAAGGGUGUGGCUUGGCACAUUUGACAGCGCGGAAGCCGCGGCUCUGGCUUACGAUCAAGCCGCUUUCGCAAUGCGCGGCCCGGCGGCGAUUCUGAAUUUCCCGGCGGAGAGGGUCCGGGAGUCGCUGGUCGAGAUGAAGUACAGCUCGGAGGAGGGGAGCUCGCCGGUGUUGGCUCUGAAGAAGAGACACUCGAUGAGGAAGAGAAGCCUGGGCAGCAGGAAGAGCAAAACUAACAGGGAGGUGAAGAUUGAGAAUCUCGUGGUGUUUGAAGACUUGGGUCCAGACUACUUGGAAGAGCUUUUGAGCUCAACCGGUAGUUCUUAAAGUCCUCGCUGAGUCAAGGAUAUUUACUGACUUUCUCUCAUCUCUUCUCAUCCUUAAUUUGGUUUUUCUUUGGUUUUUUUUUUUUUUAAAUCAUCUCUGUAAGUAGUCUCAAUCCCAUUUUUGUAAUUUCCUUCUUUAUCUUUGCUCAUCAAAGUUUUUGAAGAUAGCAGGGGGUGGAUUAGUGGGAGUUGCUGAAUUUUGUAAAAUCCAAAGUCUUUUUCUCUCUCAGUUCUUGUUUCCACUUUAUCUCUCCUAAGUUGAAAUAACACAAGUAAUGGGCUUUAUGCUACUUCCCACUGGCUUCUAUGAUUAGGCCCCGAGCGGGGGAGGGGGACCGACCGAUAUUGGCAAUUCUGUCUGGGUGUGAAGAUAGCACUCCCCAUCUUCUGAAAACCGAAACAGAGACUGAAAGAGAUACAUAUCCAUAUCCAAAGAGUUCACGCCACAGGCAGCUCAGAAACAUAGGAAGUCGCUUUUAUCGUAAUAAAAAGGUUGUCAAAAGUACACGACACUUUCUGA